AAAAGGAAGUUGUUAUUCAUCUUCCCGCGAGAAUCUGCCAUGAUCGGGCGGCCUUCCCGCUGCUCCACUCCACACCUUGGAACACUGCAUUUGUCAUUGCCGCCAAUACAAGCAUUUCCAAUUCUCUUCUUCAUCCCUCAUUCCAGCCCUAAAUCCACCAUCUUCGAGCUCCGUGAAUCUUCGAACAAUAGGUACCAAUUUUGUGUUCACAGAUGGCUGCCCUUGAAAAUCAGACCAAAACCAAAGGAAGACAUCAGUCAAGGAAAACCAGUGCCCACAAUUCGAAGGCAGAUGAUGAAUCAGUUCACAAUCCAAUCUAAUUGCAAAGUUAUGAAAGUUUGUGGAGAUGGAGAAGGCGAUAAGAAAUGCUAAUUGCAAAGCUGAGAUUGUGAAUGCAGUUGUAAAGAAGCUUGAAAUUCAGAAUGCAGAGAUUAGGGUAGAGAUGGAAGCCUUCAAGUUGAGUGCAGAAGUUGCCAAGAAAGAAACGAAACGCCUCAAGAGGAUUAUGGCAUUGGAGAAACAGCAUAACAAACUGAAGGGAGAGCUCCAGGACAAGAAAAAGAAGUCUUUGCAGUUGUAACAAGAGUUAGUUGCCAUUCAGAAGGCUCAAAAGAAGAUCGAGGUGCGCUAUAAUUGAAGAGUUAAUUGUUAAUCUGAAUUAGUAUUUUCAUCCGUCUGACUUUUACUUGUCUUAAUCUCUCACAUUGCUCGAUGAAAUUGAAUCAUCCAUCUGGCACUUUUGUUCAGCUUGCUGAAUAAAAGACCACCUCCAAUCUAGGAAUCUGUUUCAGGGUUGAAUUGGCAAUUCAUGUGUGUUUAGGUCUUGGUGAAUGGUGUGCAAAAUAAACAUAAUCAUCUGGG